AUGGCCCGCUUCUUGGUCGCCUGCUCGCUCGCCAGCGAACCCUGGGUCGCACAGACGAGCACAAGUCGCUCGCUGCUACUGCUGGCCCUCGCCCAAUCGACAGCCCUACUGUUUCCUUCAAACUGCCCUGGCCCCUAG